GCAAACUCACACGCCCCAUUCAGCACCGCGGGCAGCACUUAAGCUCUGCCCUCACUAAAGAUGGCGCCAGCCGCUUCGGCAGCGUGAACUGUCAUGCGUCAUAGGUUGUACCAACGGGUUCGGGACUUCGGGGCGGAGGUGGAACGAACCAUUGCAGCGGCCGGAAGCCAUGUUGGAGCGGCGGGAGGCGGCGGCAGCGUCGGAGAUGCUGUGGUGGGGGCGGCAAAAGCUGAGGCCGCACGCCAGAGGGGUUCUGACCGCAGAGUAGAUGGUGCCCAGAGGGCGGUGGCGGAGCGGAGCGACAGGCCGAGAGGCGGGGGACAGGGGUGGCGGCAGGGGCCGGGGAGGGGGCCCGAGUGGCGGGGCGGGCCCAAGGCCUGGACCGGGGUGGAGGGUGGUGGAGGCCGUGUGGGGAGGCGGGGGGUGAUGGCGAGGCGGCCGCCGUGGUGGGGUCUCAGGGGGCCGACGAUUCCGGUACCGCUGCUCCUUCUCCUCUCUUUGUUCCCCCUUAGCCGGGAGGAGCUGAGGGGCGGCGGGCGCCAAGGUUGGGACCCGGGGGUAGCUGCUGCUACGGGGCCGGGGGCACGGAUCCGCGGCAGAGCCUUAGCUCUUUGUCCCGACCCUCCCGGCGUCCGGGAGGAUGGAGAUUCUGGGCUGGAGGUCAAGGACCCUGUUCUCGUGGGGCUCCGAGGUGGGGGCCAGAGCGCCCAGGGUGGCCCAGGACCCUCUGAGCCACCGGAAGUGAGGUUGGGGCCAGAGUACGGGGUUCAGACAUUAGGCAGUCGCGGGAGUGAGACCGGACGGGGACCCGGGUCUCCGUUAUGCUGGCGCCUGGAAGUCUCCUUUUGCGGGCGGUCCGGAACCUCACGAAGAGAGAGUGUGUCGCCAGAGGCUCUGUCCCCAGGUGUUGCAGGCUCGGGGAGCAGCUCGCCCUUCCCUUCGGAACUCCUGGUUCGGCCCCGUGGUUCCAAGCUGUUGUCCUUUCAGAGGAGUACUAGUAGGGGCGCUCCCCACAAAGUGGGACCCAUGCGCUGCUGCGGGGAAUUGUGGCCGACGGGGAGCAGAGGUCAGGGUGAGAGAAUCGUGACAUCCCGAACGGAGAGGACAGUUUCCCGGCCGGACUGUUCCCCCGGGGCUGGGGCCUCUGGUCCCGAGCCCGAUUCAGCACUGCGCAGAGCGAGAACAGCUCCCGCGCCGGGUUCAGCACCAUGCGAGUCGCGGACAGCUCCCGGGCCGGUGCCGGAGCGCAUGCGCUCCCGCGGGCUCUUCCGCCGCCGCUUCCUCCCGCAACGCCCCGGGCCGCGCCCCCCGGGAAUCCCUGUCCUGCCAGAACACUGGAGGUUGUCCCGGGAGAGCCGGGUCCGUUCCCGUCGUGCCACAAACCGCCACCCGCAGUUUUCUCAGUAUAACUACCAGGCGCUGGUGCCCGAGAAUGAGGCGGCGGGCACCUCGGUGCUACGCGUGGUGGCGCAGGACCCGGACGCGGGCGAGUCUGGACGCCUAGUCUACUCGCUGGCUGCGCUCAUGAACAGCCGCUCGCUGGAGCUGUUCAGCAUCGAUCCGCAGAGCGGCCUCAUCCGCACGGAAGCCGCUCUGGACCGCGAGAGCAUAGAGCGCCACUACCUGCGUGUGACGGCUCAGGACCACGGCUCGCCGCGCCUCUCGGCCACCACCAUGGUGGCCGUUACAGUGGCUGACCGCAACGACCACGCGCCUGUGUUUGAGCAGGCGCAGUACCGGGAAACACUACGCGAGAACGUGGAAGAAGGCUAUCCCAUACUACAGUUGCGUGCUACAGACGGCGACGCGCCCCCCAAUGCCAACCUGCGUUACCGUUUCGUGGGACCUCCGGCCGCGCGCGCCGCAGCUGCUGCAGCCUUCGAAAUUGACCCGCGCUCGGGCCUCAUCAGUACCAGCGGCCGCGUGGACCGCGAGCACAUGGAAAGCUAUGAGCUGGUGGUGGAGGCUAGCGACCAGGGUUUGGAGCCUGGGCCUCGCUCUGCUACCGUGCGUGUGCACAUAACUGUGCUCGACGAGAAUGACAACGUGCCCCAGUUCAGUGAGAAGCGCUAUGUGGCACAGGUGCGGGAGGAUGUGCGCCCCCACACGGUGGUGCUGCGCGUCACGGCCACCGACAGGGACAAGGAUGCCAAUGGACUGGUGCAUUACAACAUCAUUAGCGGAAACAGCCGCGGCCACUUCGCCAUCGACAGUCUCACAGGGGAGAUCCAGGUGGUGGCUCCUCUGGACUUUGAGGCAGAACGAGAGUAUGCCUUGCGUAUCCGGGCUCAGGACGCAGGCCGGCCACCACUGUCCAACAACACGGGCCUGGCCAGCAUCCAGGUGGUGGAUAUCAAUGACCACGCUCCUAUUUUUGUCAGCACACCUUUCCAGGUUUCUGUCCUGGAAAAUGCCCCGCUGGGCCACUCUGUUAUCCACAUUCAGGCAGUGGAUGCAGACCAUGGGGAGAAUGCCAGAUUGGAAUACUCCCUAACUGGUGUUGCACCUGAUACACCCUUUGUGAUCAACAGUGCCACUGGCUGGGUCUCUGUGAGUGGUCCCCUGGACCGUGAAUCUGUAGAGCAUUAUUACUUUGGUGUGGAGGCUAGGGACCAUGGCUCACCUCCACUCUCAGCCUCAGCUAGCGUCACAGUCACAGUUCUGGAUGUUAAUGACAAUCGACCUGAAUUCACAAUGAAAGAAUACCACCUACGGCUGAAUGAGGAUGCAGCUGUGGGCACCAGUGUGGUCAGUGUGACCGCAGUAGACCGUGAUGCCAAUAGUGCCAUCAGCUAUCAGAUUACAGGUGGCAACACCCGGAAUCGCUUUGCCAUCAGCACCCAGGGGGGUGUGGGUCUGGUGACACUGGCUCUACCCCUGGACUACAAGCAGGAGCGCUACUUCAAGCUGGUGCUAACGGCGUCUGAUCGUGCCCUUCAUGACCACUGCUAUGUGCACAUCAACAUCACCGACGCAAACACUCACCGGCCUGUCUUCCAAAGUGCCCACUACUCAGUAAGUGUGAAUGAGGAUCGGCCUGUGGGGAGCACUGUGGUGGUCAUCAGUGCCUCUGAUGAUGAUGUGGGGGAGAAUGCUCGCAUCACUUAUCUCCUAGAGGAUAAUUUGCCUCAGUUUCGCAUUGAUGCAGACUCAGGAGCCAUUACACUGCAGGCUCCUCUGGACUAUGAGGACCAGGUGACCUAUACCCUGGCUAUCACAGCUAGGGACAAUGGCAUUCCACAGAAGGCAGAUACCACUUACGUGGAAAUAAUGGUCAAUGAUGUGAAUGAUAAUGCUCCUCAGUUUGUGGCCUCUCACUACACAGGAUUGGUCUCUGAGGAUGCCCCACCUUUCACCAGUGUCCUCCAGAUCUCAGCCACUGACCGUGAUGCGCAUGCCAAUGGCCGGGUCCAGUAUACUUUCCAGAAUGGGGAAGAUGGGGAUGGAGAUUUUACCAUUGAGCCCACCUCUGGCAUUGUCCGCACAGUGAGGCGGCUGGAUCGGGAGGCAGUACCAGUAUAUGAACUGACUGCCUAUGCAGUGGACCGGGGUAUGCCCCCAUUGCGGACUCCAGUUAGCAUUCAGGUGACUGUGCAGGAUGUGAACGACAAUGCACCAAUCUUCCCAGCCGAGGAGUUUGAGGUACGAGUGAAGGAGAAUAGCAUUGUGGGAUCAGUGGUGGCCCAGAUCACUGCAGUGGACCCUGAUGAAGGCCCCAAUGCCCAUAUAAUGUACCAGAUUGUGGAGGGGAACAUUCCGGAGCUGUUCCAAAUGGAUAUCUUCUCUGGAGAGUUGACAGCACUCAUUGACCUGGACUAUGAGACUCGUCAGGAAUAUGUGAUUGUGGUACAAGCCACCUCGGCCACUCUGGUCAGUCGGGCCACUGUGCAUGUCCGCCUGGUUGACCAGAAUGAUAACAGCCCUGUGCUCAACAAUUUCCAAAUCCUCUUCAACAAUUAUGUCUCCAACCGCUCAGACACCUUCCCCUCGGGCAUUAUUGGGCGCAUCCCAGCCUAUGAUCCAGAUGUCUCCGACCACCUCUUCUACUCCUUUGAACGGGGCAAUGAGCUGCAGCUGCUGGUAGUCAACCAGACCAGUGGGGAGCUUCGACUCAGCCGCAAGCUUGACAACAAUCGCCCGCUGGUGGCUUCCAUGUUGGUGACUGUCACAGAUGGCUUGCACAGCGUGACAGCUCAGUGUGUGCUGCGCGUGGUGAUCAUUACCGAGGAGUUAUUGGCCAAUAGCCUGACGGUGCGCCUGGAGAACAUGUGGCAGGAACGCUUUCUUUCACCCUUGCUGGGCCACUUCCUGGAAGGCGUGGCUGCCGUGCUGGCCACCCCCGCGGAGGACGUUUUCAUCUUCAACAUCCAGAACGACACGGAUGUGGGCGGCGCUGUGCUGAACGUGAGCUUCUCUGCGCUCGCACCCCGUGGGGCCGGGGCCGGCUCUGCGGGGCCCUGGUUCAGCUCCGAAGAGCUCCAGGAGCAGCUGUACGUGCGCCGCGCAGCGCUAGCCGCCCGCUCGCUCCUGGACGUGCUGCCCUUCGAUGACAACGUGUGCUUGCGGGAACCCUGCGAGAACUACAUGAAGUGCGUGUCUGUGCUGCGCUUUGACUCCUCCGCGCCCUUCCUGGCCUCGGCCUCCACGCUCUUCCGGCCCAUCCAGCCCAUAGCGGGUCUUCGCUGCCGCUGCCCACCUGGCUUCACCGGAGACUUCUGCGAGACAGAGCUGGACCUCUGCUACUCCAAUCCGUGCCGGAACGGGGGGGCCUGCGCGCGGCGCGAGGGAGGCUACACCUGUGUGUGCCGCCCGCGCUUCACCGGAGAAGACUGCGAACUGGACACGGAAGCUGGACGCUGUGUGCCUGGCAUCUGCCGCAACGGGGGCACCUGUGCAGAUGGACCUGAUGGUGGUUUCCGCUGCCAGUGCCCGGCGGGCGGCGCCUUUGAAGGCCCACGAUGCGAGGUGGCAGCACGCUCCUUCCCGCCCAGUUCCUUCGUCAUGUUCCGUGGCCUGCGGCAGCGCUUUCACCUCACACUGUCCCUCUCGUUUGCCACGGUGCAGCCGAGCGGGCUUCUCUUCUACAAUGGACGCCUGAAUGAGAAGCACGACUUCCUGGCCCUGGAGCUGGUGGCCGGACAAGUUCGCCUCACCUACUCCACAGGCGAGUCUAACACGGUGGUCAGCCCCACAGUUCCAGGGGGCCUGAGUGACGGGCAGUGGCACACAGUGCAUCUGAGAUACUACAACAAGCCCCGGACAGAUGCUCUAGGGGGUGCGCAGGGCCCCUCCAAGGACAAGGUGGCAGUGCUGAGCGUGGAUGACUGUGAUGUGGCCAUAGCCCUGCGGUUUGGUGCUGAGAUUGGCAACUACUCCUGUGCAGCCGCUGGCAUGCAAACAAGCUCCAAGAAGUCCCUGGACUUGACGGGCCCUCUGCUCCUGGGUGGUGUCCCCAACCUCCCCGAGAACUUCCCUGUGUCCCACAAGGACUUCAUUGGCUGCAUGCGGGACCUGCACAUAGAUGGCCGCAGAGUGGACAUGGCGGCCUUUGUUGCAAACAACGGCACCACAGCAGGCUGCCAGGCCAAACUGCACUUUUGUGACUCAAACCCCUGCAAAAACAACGGCAUCUGCUCAGAGCGCUGGGGAGGCUUCAGCUGUGACUGCCCCGUGGGCUUUGGGGGCAAAGACUGUCGGCUCACCAUGGCCCAUCCCCACCGCUUCCACGGCAAUGGGACACUUAGCUGGGACUUUGGAAACGACAUAGUUGUGUCUGUGCCAUGGUACCUAGGCCUGGCAUUUCGGACACGGGCGACACAGGGGGUCCUGAUGCAAGUUCAGGCUGGGCCACAUAGCACGCUCCUCUGUCAGCUGAAUAGGGGGUUGCUGUCCGUGACGGUGACCAGGGGCUCGGGCCGCACUGCCCACCUCCUCCUGGACCAGGUGACUGUCAGUGAUGGCCGGUGGCAUGAUCUGCGGCUGGAGUUGCAGGAGGAGCCAGGUGGCCGACGGGGCCACCAUAUCCUCAUGGUUUCACUGGACUUUAGCCUCUUCCAGGACACCAUGGCAAUAGGGAGCGAGCUGCAAGGCCUGAAGGUAAAGCGGCUCCAUGUGGGAGGCCUGCCCCCCGGCAAUGAUGAGGUUCCUCAGGGCCUGGUUGGCUGCAUUCAGGGGGUGUGGCUCGGCUCCACGCCUUCGGGGUUCCCGGCCCUGCUUCCCCCCAGCCACCGAGUGAAUGUGGAGCCUGGCUGUGCUGUGACCAGUGCUUGUGCGUCUGGGCCGUGUCCACCCCACGCUGACUGCCGAGACCUCUGGCAGACCUUCUCGUGCACCUGCUGGCCAGGUUACUAUGGCCCAGGCUGUGUGGAUGCCUGCCUCCUGAAUCCAUGUCAGAACCAGGGCUCCUGCCGGCACCUUCCAGGAGUGCCACAUGGCUACACCUGUGACUGUCCAGGUGGCUAUUUUGGGCACCACUGUGAGCACAGGAUGGACCAGCAGUGUCCGAGGGGCUGGUGGGGGAGCCCAAGCUGUGGCCCCUGCAACUGCGACGUUCACAAAGGCUUCGACCCCAACUGCAACAAGACAAAUGGGCAGUGUCACUGCAAGGAGUUCCACUACCGACCCCGGGGCAGCGAUUCCUGCCUGCCUUGUGACUGCUACCCCGUGGGCUCCACCUCACGUUCAUGUGCACCCCACAGCGGGCAGUGCCCCUGCCGCCCAGGAGCCCUUGGUCGUCAGUGCAACAGCUGUGAUAGUCCUUUUGCAGAGGUGACAGCCAGCGGCUGCCGGGUGCUCUAUGAUGCCUGCCCCAAGUCCCUGAGAUCUGGUGUGUGGUGGCCCCAAACCAAGUUUGGCAUCUUGGCCUCAGUGCCCUGUCCUAGGGGGGCCCUUGGAUUGCGGGGUGCAGGUGCUGCCGUGCGGCUCUGUGAUGAGGACCGGGGGUGGCUGGAGCCAGACCUUUUCAACUGUACCUCCCCCAUCUUUCGAGAUCUCAAUCUGCUGCUGGAUGGCCUGGAACUGAACAAAACAGCACUGGAUACUAUGGAGGCCAAGAAGCUGGCGCAGAGGCUACGGGAGGUGACUGGCCACACUGACCACUACUUCAGCCAAGAUAUCCGAGUCACAGCCCGCCUGCUGGCCCACCUGCUGGCCUUUGAGAGCCAUCAGCAGGGCUUUGGGCUGACAGCCACUCAGGAUGCCCACUUCAACGAGAAUCUGCUGUGGGCUGGCUCCUCACUGCUCGCUCCAGAGACUGGGGCCCUGUGGGCAGCGCUGGGGCAGCGGGCCCCUGGGGGCUCCCCUGGCAGUGCAGGGCUGGUGCAGCAUCUUGAGGAAUAUGCAGCCACACUUGCCAGGAACAUGGAACUCACGUACCUGAACCCCGUGGGGCUGGUGACGCCAAAUAUCAUGCUCAGCAUUGAUCGUAUGGAGCACCCCAGUCCAGCGCGGGGAACCCGACGCUACCCUCGUUACCACAGCAACCUCUUCCGGGGCCAGGAUGCCUGGGACCCCCACACACAUGUGCUACUGCCUCCCCAGUCCCCCCGUCCGUCACCCCCUCAAGUUCUGCCCACAAGUAGCAGUGACUUGGAAAACAGUACUUCGAGUCCGGCGCCCCCACCAGCCCCUCUGGAGCCUGAGCCUGAGCCCAGGCUCUCCAUCGUCAUCCUCCUCGUUUACCGCACUUUGGGGGGGCUGCUUCCUGCCCAGUUCCAGGCUGAGCGCCGGGGCGCCAGGCUUCCUCAGAACCCGGUGAUGAACUCCCCUGUGGUCAGCGUGGCUGUGUUCCAUGGACACAACUUCCUGAGGGGCGUCCUGGAGUCCCCCAUCAGCCUGGAGUUCCGUCUGCUGCAGACGGCCAAUCGGAGCAAGGCGAUCUGCGUGCAGUGGGAUGCGCCUGGCCCGGCGGACCAGCACGGCAUGUGGACAGCACGGGACUGCGAGCUGGUGCACAGGAAUGGGUCCCACGCACGGUGUCGUUGCAGCCGGACAGGCACCUUCGGGGUCCUCAUGGAUGCCUCCCCCCGUGAGCGGCUGGAAGGAGAUCUGGAGCUGCUGGCGGUGUUUACUCAUGUGGCCGUGGCCAUGUCCGUGGCUGCGCUGCUGCUAACAGCAGCUGUCCUGCUGAGCCUGCGCAGCCUCAAAUCCAACACGCGUGGCAUCCAUGCAAAUGUGGCAGCUGCUUUGGGGGUGGCGGAGCUCCUCUUCCUGCUGGGAAUCCACAGGACCCACAACCAGCUGCUGUGCACUGCCGUGGCCAUCCUCCUGCACUACUUCUUCCUCAGCACCUUCGCGUGGCUUCUGGUGCAGGGGCUGCAUCUCUACCGCAUGCAGGUGGAGCCACGCAACGUGGACCGCGGUGCCAUGCGCUUCUACCAUGCUCUGGGCUGGGGAGUCCCUGCUGUGCUGCUGGGCCUUGCUGUGGGCCUGGAUCCUGAGGGCUACGGGAACCCAGACUUCUGCUGGAUCUCCAUUCACGAACCCCUCAUCUGGAGCUUUGCAGGCCCCGUUGUCCUUGUCAUUAUGAUGAAUGGGACUAUGUUUCUCCUUGCUGCCCGCCUGUCCUGCUCCACUGGGCAGAGGGAAGCCAAGAAGACCUCUGUGCUAACCCUCCGAAGCUCCUUUCUGCUCCUUCUGCUGGUCAGUGCCUCCUGGGUUUUUGGCCUCCUAGCAGUCAACCACAGCGUCCUAGCCUUCCACUACCUCCACGCUGGACUCUGUGGGCUCCAGGGCCUGGCUGUGUUGCUGCUCUUCUGCGUGCUGAAUGCUGAUGCCAGAGCUGCCUGGACUCCAGCCUGUCUGGGCAGGAAGGCAGCGCCCGAGGAAGCCAGACCAGCACCAGGGACGGGCCCUGCGGCAUAUAACAAUACAGCCCUAUUCGAGGAGAGCGGCCUGAUUCGCAUCACCCUUGGCGCCUCCACCGUCUCCUCCGUGAGCAGUGCCCGCUCUGGCCGGGCCCAGGACCAAGACAGCCAGCGGGGCCGCAGCUACCUCAGGGACAAUGUCCUGGCUCGACAUGGUUCGGCUGCCGACCAUACUGACCACAGCCUCCAGGCUCAUGCUGGCCCCACUGACCUGGACGUGGCCAUGUUCCAUCGAGAUGCCGGUGCUGACUCGGACUCCGACAGUGACCUGUCCCUGGAGGAGGAGCGGAGCCUGUCUAUCCCCUCCUCGGAAAGCGAGGACAACGGCCGCAGCCGGGGGCGUUUCCAGCGUCCACUCCGCCGUGCUGCCCAGAGUGAGCGGCUCCUCACCCACCCCAAAGAUGUGGAUGGCAAUGACCUCCUGUCCUACUGGCCAGCACUGGGGGAAUGCGAGGCUACUCCCUGCGCCCUGCAGACCUGGGGCUCCGAAAGGCGCCUGGGGCUGGACGCCAGCAAAGACGCAGCCAACAACAACGCCCCUGACCUGGCCCUGACCAGUGGAGAUGAGACCUCGCUGGGCCGGGCCCAGCGUCAGAGGAAGGGCAUCCUGAAAAACCGACUGCAGUGCCCGCUGGUGCCACAGACCCGCGGGGCCCCCGAGUUGUCCUGGUGCCGAGCUGCCACGUUGGGCCACCGUGCUGUGCCCGCUGCCUCCUAUGGGCGCAUUUGUGCUGGAGGGGGCACAGGCAGCCUAUCACAGCCCGCCAGUCGCUACUCCUCCCGAGAACAGCUGGACCUGCUCCUCCGGCGGCAGUUGAGCCGGGAGCGGCUGGAGGCGGCCCCCACCCCGAGCCUGCGCCCCCUGAGUCGGCCUGGCUCUCAGGAACACCUGGACACAGCUCCAGGCCGUCUGGAGCCCAGGGACCGGGGCAGCACCCUCCCACGAAGGCAGCCCCCCAGGGAACACCCUGGCACUCUGGCCGGCCGUUUUGGGUCACGGGAUGCCCUGGACCGAAGCGCCCCUUGUGAGUGGCUGAGCACACUGCCCCCUCCCCACAGUGUCCGGGACCUGGACCCACAGCCCCCGACUCUGCCCCUGUCUCCCCAGCGACAACUCUCAAGGGACCCCCUUUUGCCAUCCCGGCCCCCGGAUUCUCUGUGCAAGAGAUGGAACUCAGGGGAGCAACUAGACCUUGUGCCUAGCCGGCACCCCUCACGAGAGGGCCUCGGGCCACCCCCACAGCUGCUCAGAGUCAGGGAGGACGCAGCCAGUGGCCCAAGCCAUGGCCCCUCCACAGAGCAGCUGGACAUUCUCUCCUCUAUCCUCGCUUCCUUCAAUUCCUCGGCGCUCUCCUCCUCCGUGCAGUCCUCCAGCACACCCUCGGGCCCUCACACCACAGCCACGCCUUCUGCCACGGCCUCUGCACUUGGGCCCUCCACGCCCCGCUCUGCUACAUCUCACAGCAUCUCGGAAUUGUCGCCAGACUCAGAAGAGAGGGACACACAGGCCCUGUUGUCUCCUACACAUGCAAUGGAGCUAAGGAAGCGAGAUUACCAUGUGGAGCGACCUCUGUUGAACCAGGAAGAGCUGGAUGAGCUGGGGAAUUGGCACCCAGUGAAGAAGACCCUCCAGUGGAGAACCUGGUUCCAGUGUUCGCAUGCUCGAGCCCGAGCUCUUCUGUUGCGACGCAUCCCAGUUUUGAACUGGCUCCCUCGGUAUUCUGUUCGUGAAUGGCUCCCGGGAGACCUACUCUCUGGCUUGAGUGUGGGCAUCAUGCAGCUGCCUCAGGGCCUAGCCUACGCCCUUCUGGCUGGGCUGCCCCCCGUGCUUGGCCUCUACAGCUCUUUCUACCCUGUCUUCAUCUACUUCCUGUUUGGCACAUCCCGACACAUCUCUGUGGGGACCUUUGCUGUCAUGUCGGUGAUGGUGGGCAGCUUGACGGAGUCCCUGGUUCCUGACAACAGCUCCAACAACACCAUCAGUGACGAAGUAACGAUGAAGCGAGUGGAGGUAGCCUCCACUCUCUGCAUUCUGGUGGGCUGCUUCCAGUUGUUCCUGGGCCUGAUCCAAUUUGGCUUUGUGGUCACUUACCUGUCAGAGCCUCUGGUCCGCGGCUACACCACAGCAGCCUCCAUUCAUGUCUUCGUCUCACAACUCAAAUAUGUGUUUGGCAUCCAUGUGAGCAGCCAUUCUGGACCUCUGUCCCUCAUCUAUACAGUGCUCCAGGUGUUCGAGAAACUCCCUGUCAGCGUGCCUGGAACCGUGAUCACUGCUGCUGUGUCAAUGGUGGUGCUUGUGAUAGUGAAGAUGCUGAACGACAAGCUGAGUGGGCGCCUGCCUGUACCCAUCCCUGGGGAGCUGCUCAUGCUCAUCGGGGCCACGGGCAUCUCCUAUGGCUGUAACCUGAAGGACAGAUUUGAGGUGGAUAUUGUGGGCAAAAUCCCUAUAGGGCUAGUAGCCCCAAAGGUUCCCAAUCCCGAGUUAUUCGUGAAGCUCUUGGGAAACGCCUUCACCAUCGCUGUGGUGGGGUUCGCCAUCGCCAUCUCUCUGGGGAAGAUCUUCGCCCUGAAGCAUGGCUACCGCGUGGACAGCAACCAGGAGCUGGUGGCCCUUGGCCUCUCCAACUUUGUUGGAGGCUUCUUCCAGUGUUUCCCAAUCAGCUGUUCUGUGUCUCGGAGCAUGGUACAGGAAGGCACUGGGGGCAACACACAGGUUGCUGGAGCCCUCUCCUCUCUCUUCGUGCUUGUUGUCAUACUCAAACUUGGAGAACUCUUCCAUGAUCUACCCAAGGCCGUGCUGGCCGCCGCCAUCAUUGUGAAUCUCAAGGGCAUGUGGCUGCAGUUCAAUGACAUCUGCUUCCUCUGGAAGACGAACCGAGUGGAUCUGAUGAUCUGGCUGGUGACCUUUGUUGCCACCACCCUGCUGAACCUGGACCUCGGGCUGGCAGUGGCAGUCGUCUUUUCCCUGAUGCUCAUGGUGAUUCGCACACAGAUGCCUCAUUACUCUGUCCUGGGGCAGGUGGCGGACACGGAUAUUUACAGAGACAUGGUUGAGUACUUGGAGGCGAAGGAGAUCCCAGGCGUGAAGGUCUUUCGGUCCUCUGUCACCCUGUACUUUGCCAACGCUGAGCUCUACUGUGAUGCCCUGAAGAAGAGGUGUGGUGUGGACGUCGACUAUCUCAUCUACCGGAAGAAGAAGUUGGUGAAGAGGGAGAAGCGGAAGCUAAAGCAACUGCAGGAGAAGCAGCAGGAGCAGGGCACUCUUGAUGUCAGUACCAACAUCAACAUUGAAGACACUGAGUAUAACAGUGUGGAGGGCGCCAAGGCCAAGGAGGUGCAGCCAGAGACAGAGACACAAGAUUCUUCGGAGCCCACAUUGCCUGUGGAGCCCUCGGACUCAAUGGUGCCUGGCAGUGCCAAAGCUGACAAGGCCUGGACGGUGCCAACCCUGAAGUCCUUGGGCCUGCCUCAGCCGGACUUCCACAGCCUCGUCCUGGACCUGAGCACCCUAUCCUUCGUGGACACUGUGUGCCUUAAGAGCCUGAAGCAUAUUUUCCACGACUUCCGGGAGAUUGAGGUGGAGGUGUACUUGGCUGCCUGCCACAGCCCGGUGGUGGCUCAGCUGGAAGCCGGGAACUUUUUUGAUGCCUUCAUCACAAAACAGCGUCUCUUUGCCACUGUCCACGAUGCCGUCCUCUUUGCCAUCCAACACGCACCGGGACACUCUACCAGCACAGUUGCGGCCACCAAACUGUGACCCUGCUUUCACCUGCCUGAGACUGCCCCCUGCAAGAAGACGGGAUGGGGCACUCACGAGAGCCCCUCAGCCCUGGGCUGCCUCCAAGGAGUCACCGAGGAGUCCCCUCCUUAUACACACACAACUCAGGGACAGGGGUGGGACUUGAGUUCAGUAUCCAAGCCUGGGAGGGGGCUGGGCCCAGGCAGGCACUGGCCGGGGCAUGACUCCAUGUAUUCGUAUUCUCAGCCUCAGGAAUAAAGAUUU